AUGAGAUUCUCCACUGCUAUUUAUACUCAUGUUUCUUCUACCCUUAAAGCUUCCCUUAGAUUUUCAGCUUUAGUAAAUGCAAUUAUGCUCAAGAAUCUCAUAAGGAAGGGAAUUCCGGCGGUUUUACGGCCUAAGGUCUGGUUUUCGCUCUCCGGGGUAGCUAAGAAGAAAUCUACGGUGCCUGAGAGCUAUUACAAUGAUUUAAUUAAGGCUGUCGAGAGUACGAUCACGCCCGCUACAAGGCAGAUUGAUCAGUUCAUUUGUGAGGAUGUGGAGGAUUGCAAGGCAAAAACUUGGAGCUGGAGGAUUUCCUGUUCCGAUUUUAGAACAAUCCUUGCAGAGGAUACAGCAGCCUGCAGUAUCCGCGUUGAGAUGUUAUUCAUCUGCUACCAAAGAGAUGGGCAUAUCCUUGCACACAUCCUGGCUGCAACCUCCAUUGGAGUCAUCUCUGCCACUGCGUUUCACUACUACCAUCGACAAAUGCCCCAAAAACAGUUAGAAGAUCAAACCGUAGUUCCAUUGUUAGACAGGAAUAAGUCUGGCUGUGUUGCCAAACUUGAAAAAUUCUCCAAUUAUGUCGCUAGGCAGAUAGGAUUUUUGGUAAUGGUGAUUUUUGGAAUUAUUAAGUUAGGAUGAGAAUGUAGCAUCAGAUGAUGCUGAGGAUGAUGGUGACGCCAAUGGUAGUAGGCAAGAUCGGAAAGGAGAUGAGGUUGAAGAGGAAGAUGAAGGCAGGCAUGCAAAGAUGUUGCAAGAAAUCACUGGGCUUCCAGCUGAGGCUUUCGAAGGUAACAUUAGUCAUCAAAAUUUUAAUAAAUUCUGAAGAGGUGACUGCUGGAUUUUUAAACAGCACCUGUAUCCAUCAUGACUUCAUUUUUUCCUGCAUCUUUUGUGUGCAAUGGUUGAUUCACACAGGCAGAUUUUUGGCUGAUUGUAGAGAUGUUUGUUCAGGGGGAGUUGUUACCCAUUAAAAUUUUAAGUCCUUUUUCUAAUUUAUGUAUUUUUUUACUACUAGCUUUCUAUUGUCACUUUCCUAACAUGAGAAUUAGACGAGAGCUAUGAAAUUGGAUCUAAAGUUUGCUCAA